AUGAAACGCAAGCAUUCAGGUCCCGAUGAUCAGGUUCCCAUCUCUACUCCCAAGAGGCAGAGGGCUGCGGCUGCCAAUGGCACCGUAAAUGGGCAUACGGAGGGCGAACAAUCCCCGGAAACCACCCCUUCGAAACGAGUGAAAUCCACACCCCAAAAACCAGCAGCCGAAACCCCGGCUGCCCUCAAGGCCUCCGGACUGAGGACUCCAACACAUAAGGGUAAAGCCAAAGCUCUAUUCUCGACACCCACGAAGAAAACCGCCGUUGCAUCACCAACCAAAGCUCGUGCCGACCGGUCCGCUAAGAAGAAGAGCGCACGCCUACUACUCGAACAAAACGACGAGGACGUCUGGGAUGGCGCUGACCGAUUGGCGGAGGAAAUCUUGGAGGAUGACAAUGAGGUUCAGAAACAAGCAUCUACAACCAAGAAGGGUGUCUUGGAAUCCAUCGAGGAGGAGCCUGGUCAACCAGCCACGAGCGAUGGGGCGGCGCCAACACCCAAACGUCGUGCAGGUCGACCGAAGGGCGCAAAGAACAAGCGUUCUCCUACACCAGAGGGAGAGUUACCGGCUCAUGAGCGUUACUUCUUCCAGAACCGAGCCGGACCACCUCGUACAUCGAAUAACAACCUUGGGAAAAUGACGCUAUUGACGCACGAGGAGUACUUCGAGAAAAUGUCGCAGUACGUGGACCCGUAUAAACAAGAAAAGUCUUUUCUCCUGGAUCUGCAUUGUCGGUCAUUCCCUCAGUGGGAUUUCGAGUUUGACCAAGGAUUCAAUAUCUGUCUUUACGGAUACGGCUCCAAGCGUCGACUCCUUCAGGAAUUCGCGGAUUGGCUCUAUCAUCGGCAUAGUUCCGCGUCACGCUCCGUGGUCGUUAUCAACGGACACACCCCCAACAUCUCAAUCCGGUCUAUCUUCGCUACUAUUGUGACGGCAGUUCUAGGAGCUGAUAUCCCAUCCAAGAUGGGGUCCCAGCCACAAGAAGUGUUGGAAUUGUUACAGUCUGUCUUAAAGACACGAGCGUCUCAGAAACCCAUCACCGUUCUCAUCAAUUCGAUCGAUGCCCCGUCCCUCCGCAGAGCAGCAAACCAAGCCCUCCUUGCCCGACUGGCAGCGACGCCUAAAAUCCAUCUUCUCGCGACAGCUGAUACCCCGAACCUCCUGCUGAUGUGGGAUCUGAGCCUCCGCGACCAAUUCAACUUUGUUUUCCACGAUUGCACGACCUUUUCUCCAUUCGAUACCGAGUUCGACGUUGUCGAGGAGGUUAGCACACUACUAGGCCGCAAGGGACACCGCGUGGGUGGCAAAGAGGGUGUCGAGUUUGUGUUGAAGAGUCUUCCGGAGAACGCCCGGAACCUGUACCGGUUGCUCCUCACCGAGUUGCUGUCGAUGGCAGAUGAAGGGCACUUGUCCGACGACGACGGAGAUGGCGGCCAGGCGGCAGAUAACAACCGAGAGGAAACAGGAAUCGAAUUCCGGCUGCUGUACCAAAAGGCGGCGGAAGAGUUCAUCGCCUCGUCGGAGAUGAUGUUCCGGACGUUACUGAAGGAAUUCCACGACCAUCAGAUGAUUACAUCCCGGAUGGACACGAGUGGGAUGGAGAUCCUGGGGGUCCCUCUGGCGCGAGACGAGAUGGAGGGUGUUUUGGAAGAUUUGGUUCUGAGCUGA